AUGCACUACGAGCCGCCACAUCCUUCCUUCCCGACCCAUCAGCUCUUGUCGCCACCGAAGACACUGUCUCCUCUUUCACUGUCGUCCCCGAUGUUUCUUCUUCGAGCAGUCGUUGAGCUUCCUCCCAAUAGCCUUCUUGGCCUCUUUAUCGCCGUUUUCUGCGUCCCUAUCAAGCUUUGGAGGCCUUCUUCUUCAAUCUAG